CUGCGAUUAGAGCCUCUGUUAAGCGCAAGGUUUUCACACAUUCCUCCCGUAAAUGUCCCGCGAUAUCAGAAGUAUCCGUUAGGCGACGGACAACCCAUCCAUUUGCUUGAAUAUUUGCAAACUUUUUCGCAUUUAUUUGCCGCCGAAACCACUUCACAGAUACCGCACACCUAUCCAACAAUGGGUGGCCGCCGUACCAGUGAAGUCAGUAUCACGAGUAACGCAUCGCUGGCACUCGAUUCGCUUACUUUACCCAACAUUACUUCUCUUACCCAGAAAUGGUGGGGCACUAAACGAGUCGAUUACGCUCUCUAUUGUCCCGAAGGUCUAAACAACUUUCCGACGCACGCCUUACCCCAUCUCUUUCACGCCAGUUAUUGGGAAUCAAAUGAUGUCAUUUCAUUCAUUUUAAGACAAAUCUCAAGACCUGAAUAUAUGGCGUCCAAUAUCGCAGACUCUGACAAAGACAUGCAUUCGUUUACUCCGUGUCAGCCGAGAGAGAAGUGGCAAAAGAAGAGAACAUCAGUGAAGCUAAAGGUGAGCCGAAACAUAACAGCCAAUCACAGAGCGAACGACGUUAUCGUCAAAGAAGGGGCGACGCAAGUAAUUACAGCCCGUUUUAUGUACGGCCCUCUGGAUGUGGUGGCGCUCACCGGCGAGAAAGUGGACAUUCAUGUCAUGAAGAACAUGCGUUCCGGCGAAUGGACUUUCUUGAGCACAGAGUUGACCGAUAAGUCCGGUCGAGUCAGUUAUGCUAUACCCGAAGAUAAGACGUUGACGUAUGGCUUAUAUCCGGUCAAAAUUGUUGUCAGGGGUGAUCACACGUCCAUUGAUUUUUAUUUGGCUGUCGUUCCGCCAAAAACGGAAGCCGUUGUCUUCAGUAUUGACGGCUCAUUCACCGCAAGUAUGUCCGUCACGGGAAAGGACCCCAAAGUUAGAGCCGGAGCCGUAGAUGUUGUCAGAUAUUGGCAGGAAUUGGGAUAUCUUAUAAUUUAUAUAACAGGCCGUCCAGACAUGCAACAGCAACGAGUCAUAUCGUGGCUCUCACAGCACAACUUCCCACACGGUUUGGUAACAUUUGCCGACCGACUGUCCACCGAUCCGUUGAGACAUAAAGCCGAACAUCUCAGACACCUUCAAAUCGAUUCGGAGAUCGUAUUCCAAGCGGCGUACGGCUCGAGCAAAGAUAUAACCGUUUAUCAAUCAUUAGGUCUAAAAGCCGAUCAGAUAUUUAUUGUGGGAAAA